AUGGCGAACAACGAGCACUCCAAGGCCAUGGAUGAAGCUACCGACAGUAGCACUGUCGACCGCUCAGGGCCUGUACACGGUGCCGAAGAAUCGUUCUACCCCCAGCAACAUCGCGAUCUCAAGAUUGAGUCAACCACUACAGCACAGGCAUACGAAUCCGAAGACCUAGCUCAGCAACGCAUUCGAGUCAACCUUGGGGAACGCAGCAUCACCAUCGGCCGCUCAGUCACUCUUAGGACUGACGAUUCCACCUCAUCUGACGCAAGCGACGAUUCCGUCGAGUCCACCUCAUCUGACUUCAAAGCGCCCUUGACCGAGGAAGAAGAAGAAGAGCUGCGCAAACUGCAAAAGGUUUGCCGCGAGAUCGGUGUCACACCUGGUGAAGACGGAAAGGCUUGCAGAAAGCUCAUCCAAAAGGUCGUUCUCACUUUCUUCCAUGGGCGCUACCCGGCCACAGUCAAAGAGCUGUCUUGGAGGCAGCUUUGUCAGGAUGUCGGCGUUGAAGAAGGCUCUACAAUCGAACAGUGUGAGAAGAAUGUUAAGGGUGUAUACAUCAACAUCGUCGACUUCAUGCUGGCGAUCAAGAAUGAUAAGCCCGUCGUCACGUACAAGACCGAGCAGGAGUUGCGAGAGUACAUCAGGGCGACUCUAAAGAUAUUCCCAUUGUUCCGGGCGGAGGAACAUUUCCUCCUCCAGUGGAUGCUGAUCGUGGUAUUCUACGGCACUAGGUAG